AUGAUUUUUUUCUUUAAUAUUCUUUUGCUAAUAAUUAACUUUACACAUAUUACAGGAAUUUUAAUUUCAAACUUGAAUGAUGUCCAUUCAAUUGGUAUUAAAGGUGUUUUUAAACCAAAUUAUGAAUUUUCAGAUUUCUUAUUUAUAAGCAAAAAGUUUCAAAAUAGAAAUAUAUUACUAUUCCAUCAAAAUGUCAAAAACCAUAGUUUUAUAAGAAAAAAAAACAAUUAUUAUUUCUAUUUAAAAAAAAAAAAUAGAAAUUAUAAUAGUAGAAUUGUAUUUCUUGAAGUAUUUAAUAAAAGAAAUUGUUUUAUAAAACCUAUAUAUGUAAAAUUUACAGAGAAUAAAAUACCAUUAAAAAAAAAAGAUACUCAUUUAUUGCAUUUAAAAAAUAGUAACGAUAUAAAUUUACAAGAAGAUAGUAUUGAUAAUGAAAUUUAUUCGGAAAAAGAUGAAAAUUGUGAUGAAAGUUAUGAAAAUGGAGAAAAUGACAACUAUAACUCAAAAAAAUUAGAUAAUAAUAAUAAUCACUUAGAUAAUAAUAGCGAUUAUUUAUAUAAGAGUAGAGAGUAUGAUUUAGUGAAUGAAUACAUAUUAUUAAAAAAAAAUAGCAAAAGUAUAAAAGAAUUAAUGGACGAAGAAAAAUGGGUUUUCCCAAAAGAAAAUUUAAAUAUGAUAAGAAAAAGAACUGAUAAAAAAAUAAAUUGGAAUUAUAUACUAAAAAAAAAUAAUGAAUUACUUAAUGAUAAUAUUGACAAAAUAUAUAAUAAUAUAUAUAAAAAGGAUAACAUAGAUGAUAUAUUCUUUGUUUUUGAUACAUAUCCUUAUAAUUAUUUAAAUGUUACGAUGAGUGUCUUUUCUCUUUACAAGUUCGCUAGUAGUUAUUUGUAUGAAAAAAAACUAAAAGUUAGUAUGAUAUAUGAAAAAAAAAAAGAUUUUUUUAACAAUAUAAAAAAUGAAAAUUUAUCAAAUGAUAAUUUUCUUUCUAUGGAAAGUCAAGAUGAAGAGGAUGAUAGUAACAUAUUAAAAAUAAAAGAAGAAAGAAAAAGAUUAAAUUAUAUUAUAAAAAAUAGAAAUUUUCAAAGAGUUGUAGGAUCUAUUAAUAAACACUUAAAAAUAAUUUAUAAAAUAUUCACAAGUAAUGAAAAAUUAACAUCUUAUGAAAAAAAUAAAAAAGUAUACCAAUUUAUUCCAUAUAUAAAUAUUAAAGACAUUAUUACUAUUUUAAAAUCUUUUUAUAUCUUAAAAUAUGAUCAUGUUAAUAUAUUUAAGUAUAUAUAUUUUUAUAUUGUUUUUUUUAUUGAUAAAUUUGAUAUCUUUAAUUUAUGUGAAGCAGUUUAUUUGUGUAUUUUAAAAAAAAUAUACAUUAAAUCACUAUUUCUAAAUUUCUCUAAAUAUUUGCUGAAAUAUCUUCAAAAAAAUAAUGAACAUUUUAUGCAUAAAGAAAUAAACUGUAAUAAUGAUUAUGAAAAGAAAAUCACUGCUACAAAUGAGUAUAAUGAUAAAGAAAAAACUACUGAUCAUAAUAAUGAAGAAGAACAUAUUUAUAAUUAUUCCAAGGAAAAUAAUAAAAAUAACAAUGAUAACAUUAAUAAUAACGAAGAAUACAAGAGUAACAAUGAUAACAGAAAAGGAGUUAAAACUGAAAGUAAAUAUAAUGGUGAAACAUUUAAAAAUAAUGAAAUUGAUGUUUAUAAUAAUAAUAAUAAUAAUGAUAUCGAUAAGAAAAGGAAUAAAGAUAAUUUAAUUAUUAAUAAAGGAGUUCCUAAUAAAAUUAAAAUAAAUGAAAGUAUAAUAUCCUUGUAUGAAGAUAUAAAUAUUAACAACUUUUACAAUAAUAUGGAAAAAAUUUUAAAAAAAAAAAAUGAUGAAUCUAACUAUAAUUUAUUACCAUUUCAUUUAAAACAAUUUGAUUAUUCUAUUUAUCAUUCAGCAAAUUAUUCUAAUUUAAAUAAUUCUUUAGAUAAUUUACAACAAAAUAACAAAAAUGAAGAAAUGGAAAAAUUUUCAGCAGAAGAUAAUAGAAAAGAUAAAAUAAAUUUCAUUGAAAAUAAGCUAAUUAAAAAAAGUUUAAAUGAUGAAAAUAAUAAAUAUACCAAAAUAAAUUUCUAUGUUUACGUUUUACAUAUUUUGUCAAAGUUUCCAUAUACAAAUUUAAAGAUUCUAAAUAUAAUUAUUUCAGAAAUUAUGAAAAAUGUAAAUGAUUUAACUUUAGAAGAAUUGAUUUUAUCCUUUUAUAGCAUUGCUGAAUUAGAAUAUGAUUGUUUUAAAUUACAAAACCUUAUAUAUAUAUUAAUUUUUAAAAAUCUUCAUUUAUUAAAUUAUAGAAACAAAGGUUUGAUAUUAAAAUUAAUAAAAUCUUUAUAUUUAACAAAUAACUUAAAUCCUAUUAUUGAUGAAAAUGUCAUAAAAGAGGAAUCAGAUAAUGGACAGAAAUUUGAAAGAAAUAUGAAGAUUCAAGAAAAUGAAAAUUUCUUAAGCUAUUCCAAAAAUAGCAAUAUUGAAAACGUAAAAAUUUUAAUGAUUAAUUUUAUUUCUAAAAUGAUAUUAAAAAAUAUAAAUAAUUAUACACCAAUAGAGUUAGUAGAUAUAAUUCGAUAUAUGUCAGCUUUAAAUUUUAUAAAUAAAGAGUUAUUUAAUUUUGUUUAUAAUUUACCAUUUUUUAAGAAUUUAAACGAAGACGUAUUAAAUAUAUAUAAAAAUAAUAUAUAUUUUAACAAUUCUUAUUAUGCUUAUACAAAAGAUAAUACUAUUAAUACACCUAUUGAAAUUAUGUUAUGUAAAUUAUAUCAGUCAUAUCUUUCAUAUAAUAUAUACAUUAAUAAUUCUUUUGAGAAUAAUUUAAAUGAAGAAUUAAUUAAAAAAAUUUAUAAAAAAAAUAAUGAACACAAAUCUUUUCAUUUUGACACUAAAAUUAUACAAUUAUUGAAAAAUAUUUAUUUAAAUAAUAUGCAAAUUUCUUCAUAUAAUUCUUCUUCUUUACACUAUGAGAUAGCUGAUAUUAUUCAAAAAGAUUUUAAAAUUCCAUGUCAUGUUGAAUAUAAAGCAUCUAAUGGAAUUUUAAUAGAUAUUGCUAUAUUGUAUGAAGAUUUUAAAAAAAUUGACAAAGAUUUUCCUUUUUUUAAAAACAUAGCUAUAGAAAUAAAUGGUCCCUUUCAUUAUAAAACAAGAUCUUUAGAUAACAACAUACCGCUACUGAAUACAAAAACAAUUUUUAAAAAAAGAUUAUUAGAAAAUGAUAAUUGGCAAGUCAUUUCGUUUCCAUUUUGGGAAAUUAAACCAUGGUUUAGUAAAAUAAGAAAGGAAAAAUACAUUUUAAAGAUGCUACCUGAAAAACUGAAAAGCUUUUUUAAUAAUUAA